AUGAGCAAAAAAGCUAAAAUAAAAAAUUCAAUCACACAAAUAGAUGCCUUUGGGCAUAAUGUCUAACUUCUUUAUUAGAAAAAACAAAAGCAUUCAACUUUUUUCGGAGGACUAACGACUAUUUUAAAUGGCAUAUUGCUAAUGAUUGUUGCUUACUCUUAUGGCGCAGAGUUAAUUUAUAAACAAAAUCCUAUCACAAAUUUCUCUGAAGAAAGCAUAAGAUAACCAGAAUAAUAUAAUAUGACUCCUAGUGUCUUUAAUAUGGCUUUCGGUAUGCAAAAUCCAGAUACUUUUGAUUAAUUUAUAGAUGAAUCUAUUUACUCGAUUAGUGCAAUUAGAAAUCAAAUGAAUAAAGUGUAUAAUUAAACAACUAAUUAAUAUGAUCAAAUCUGGACUAGCACUGACCUAGGACCAUAUCCAUGUAAUUUGUCUAACUUUUAAGUCAAAGAUAGUCAUUCUUAUUUUCAGCAAUUAGCUGGUAUUGAUUAAAUGUAUUGCUUUAAUUAAGCAGAUAAUUAGGCCAGCAUUAGCGGUGAUUUUGAAGCUGACUUUUUUUAAUCAAUAGAGUUUUUCAUUUAUCAAUGCUAAAACAAAACAGAGGAAGAAGCUGCAGAUCUAAUAAAAAACGGUCAAAGGGUAGUUAUUUGCAAAAGCUAAGAUGAAAUAGAUAAAUUUCUAAUGAAUGGCUAUUUUGCUGCAUACUAUACUGACAAAUUAAUUAAUCCCAAAAUAACUGACCAGCCAUUUACUACCUUUCCGAGAGAUAUAUUUUGGCCAACUUCAAAUAAAAUUAUGAAAGAACUCACAAUGUAUUGGAGAAACGUUUAUAUUGAGAGCGAUUUGGGUAUUUUUACUAAAAACAAAUCUGUUUUAAGAGACGUUAUAUUUUCAUACUCAACAGAAUAGAUCACAUUCGGACAGAGUAAUUAAUUUAUACAUUUAGUAAUUCGAUUUGAAAAGGCUAAGCAGUCAAGAUACUUUAGACAGUAUAUCAAAAUAUAGGAUGUGCUAGCUUAAGUUUCUGGAGUUAUGAAUCUAUUUUUUAUAAUUUCAUCAUUAGUUUGUAAGAAAAUAAGUGAGCUAGAUUUAGUUCAAGGUUUGGUUAAUGAAAUUUUCUCCUUUUAGAGUAUAGAAAACGAAGUAGAAGAAAAAAAUAAAUUGGCGAAAUAAUGCUAAAAACAACAAAAGAAUGAUAAAAAAUAUUGUAAAGAGCAGUAAGAUUCUUCUUAGUAGAGGAAUUAAUUAAAUAAUUCCUAACUAAACAUUAAAAAUUAACCAUUAAUCACCUCUUUAGUUGAGACAAAUAAUUUAAACAAAUCUUAAAAAGAAAAUGUAGAGUUUAAUUCUUCCAUUAAAAGCAAACACAUUAGCGAAAUUUUUUCAAAUUUUAUCAAAAAAUUUAAACAUUAAGACUAAAUCGCUCCAAAUGAUAAUAAUGAAAAGGAUCAUUAAAUUGAAUAUGAUAACACAGAGAAUAAUAAAUUAAAUUCAAUUGAGAAGUUUAACAGGCUCUAUAUGGAUGAGAGAACUGAAAUAGAAAAGGUUGCUGAUGCUUACUAAGCGUUUAAUUAUUUAAAGAAACACGAAAAAAGAACUUAAACUGAUAUAAAAUUAUUAAAAAUGUUAGACCCUACAAUAUUAUCAUAUUUCUUAGACGAAAAGGAAAUCAAAAAUUACUUUAGCAACUUAAAUUAUUAGAUGAAGGCAAACGAAUAGGAAAAAUAGUCAACUAAAUCUAUUGAUUAUAAUUUUCAAGAUCUUAAAACAGUUGAUGGAAGAUAGUUAAGGUAGAUAACUGCUUGUAAAGAAGAUUACGAACAACUAAAUAAAAAUUAAAAUAACUAAGAAAGUUUUUAUUUAGAUUCAUAAAAUAUUUCUAGCUAUCAAAUAAAUUUGAUAUAAAAAUAAGAUAGUGAUCAAUUUUCAAAUAAUAAUUUAACCAAAUAAAUUGAAACAUCAACAUCACCUUUAUUUCAAAGUAAAGUUGUUAGUAAUAAAUUUGUUAAAUAAAAAUCAGUUUUUCAACUUAGUAAUGCUAGUAGUAUAAAGAACAAUUUGAUAGAAAAAGAAUAACCUAAAUAAAAAUAUAAAAAUACUCUUGGAGAUAACUAUAUUUUUGAAAAAUAGCCAAAUUUGAUUCAGUAGGAUGCUGAUACAUCUUUAGAAAAAACAAAUUCAUAAGAAUGUUUUUAUUCAUUUAGGAAAAAAUCUUGUACCUUGAUCAAAACAGAAUCAAUAGAGCCUUUUGAAAAAAAUAAAUAAACUUCAGCUAAACAAAACAAAGAUCUGUUUUAUUUAGAAGCUGAAACUAAUUCUGAUAAAAAUAUUCCAUAUGAACGCUAAUAAUCUCAAAAAUUAAAUUCUUUUAUUUUAACUAAUCAAUAAAAACGGUUUAAGUAGGAUUGUAUUGAAAAAAAGAAAGAAAUAGUUAUGUAGAAAUAAUCUUUUUCAAUCAAGGAUGUGACUUUCUUCUGCAACAAGCAAAAGCAAUAUAUAAAUAUGUCUAAUCCUUAAUAUUUAAAAGUAACAGAAGUGUAGUAUUAUUUUACAGAAAUGACAAAGCUCUUUCUAAGAAAAUAGGGGAUAACAGCUACCAAUUUAAUUGCAGAUUUCUCAAGUUAAUACAUCAAAGGAGAGCAUGUACUGCUUAAAUCUAACUCUCACAUUUAAGCAAUCCCAAUGAAUAAAAUAUGCUUCUUAGUUAAUUUAGGAAGAGUUUUUAACCUCACUGAAGAUAGAUUAGGCUACGAUUUUCUCUAAUUUUUAAGGCUUCUUUGUUCAGAUUUUCCAAAAUUAGUAGUGCUUAAAAGUUUAAAAAUGAUUAAGGGUGAUUGGCAUUCAGAUGAUGAUAGCAUUUUAUCUAUGCAAUAUAACGGACAGACAUUUAUUUAAAGCCUUUUUGUAAACUUUUUGUAUGAAGAUCUAUUGAAUUUCUUAGAAGACCAGACCCUUUAAGACUGUACAGUUGAGAAUGUAGGAAAUUAAAUACUUUAGCAUUAUGAAUAAUAAGAAUCUCAAACUGAUUCAAUUACUAGACCUCCAUUAAAUAUACUAUUUGAAGUUUUAGUUUAGAGUGCUGAUUGGCCAGAUAGAGAAUUUACUACUAAUUUAGUAUUUUUUUCAGAAAACCUUAUGAAAGAGCUAGUAAAAGGCAACAAAAAUAAACUGAGCAUAAAUGAAUUUAGAAAAAAACUAUUUGAAAACAAAUCUAUGUAAAAACUUGUUAAUGAAAAUAUAAAUUUUGUAGAGAAAUCAAAUGCUAAAGUAAAAGAAAUUAUAAGAAUAAUUUCAGAAAAACCUGAAGAUCUUUUCCCUCCUGAAGAACAAAUCGCUAAAAAAAAAUCUAAAAAAAAAAAAGAAUGA